CGUCAGCUUAUUUUUCUCAAUUCAGUGCUGCCUAGGAGACGCUGCGUUGUAUUUAAGCUUAUAUAAACAAUGUCAAAGGGAAUGGAAAGAUCAGCCUGAGCGUUCUGCUGUCUUCAUAUCGAGCUUCAGCGAGCGACUCGUGUUGUUUGUCUUAGAUCCGGUUCCGUGCGCCAGGAUACUGGAAUAGAGCACCACGAGGAGUGCAGAUCCUCAUAUCAGUGUUACACUACCUACCUACAGGUAUUCAGCCAACCUGGGAGCCCAACCUCGAUCGCGUCGUCCCCCCUCUCCAACAUCUACAAACAAGGACAAUGGCGCGUUUAAGUCGAUUUAUUGCGGCGGGUAUCGCUACCGCCUCCUUGGGCCAAGCGGCACCGCUGGCUAUCUACCAGACCAGUAAUAGCGGCGUGGUGCCGCAAUGGACGAAACCUCCUGUCCACCCAAGCAACUCCAGCGCAGUGCAGCAGUGGGUGAAGCAAUCUGGGCAGUCUAUCAAAUGGGGAGCUUGCUCCGAUCAAUUCCCAGAUCCUCUCACAUGUGCGACAUUCCGUGUCCCGUUGGACUGGAACAACAUCCACAGUCACAGCAAUGAGACUGUUGAGCUGGGCAUGGUGCGUCUUGAAGCCGAGGACAAGGAGAAUCGCAUCGGUUAUUUGUUCGUGAACCCAGGCGGUCCAGGCGGUCAAGCCACGAGCACAGUGUCAGGCCUAAGUGACAGAGUCGAUCCUGAGAUCCGCGCCAGGUUCGACAUCAUUGGUCUUGAUCCCCGCGGUGUCGGCAUCAGCACACCCGUUCAGUGCGAUCCGGCAGCCUUCAACAAACGCGUCAAGUUUAUGCCUACGACAGAAAAGGAAUACGAUGCCCUGGUCCAAUACAACAAAGAUCUUGGCGCGAACUGCUUGAAGAAGACGGGUCCCCUGGUGAACUUCGUCGACACUAUAAGCGCCGUAAAAGACCACGAAGCAGUGCGCUUAGCACUAGGAGAGAAAGCCACUUACUUGGGCUUAUCGUACGGCACCCAAUUGUUUAGCCAGUUCGCUGCGCUAUUCCCCGACAGUUUCAGGGCGAUUGUGCUGGACGGGAACCUGCAGCGCUCGCAAUCAGAAUCCAGCAACCUCCUAAUCGAAUCGACAGCUUACCAGGCGACUCUGGGGAAAUUCUUCGAGUGGUGCACAGCGACAGACGAAUGUGCGCUUCAAGGAGCAGACGUCGAAGCCGUCUUCAAGAGCGUCCGGGACAAGGCCAGUGCCGAGCCUAUCCCCGCGCCCGGGUGCGACGACAAAUCAUGUCGUUCCGACGUCACGGAGGAGGACUUCCUCUUCACAGCCCAGGGAUUCAUGAUCUCGGAGAGGAAUUGGCCUAGAUUUUCACAAGCCCUCGUUGAAGCUGACAAGGGCAACGCCACUCUCGUGUCCCAGUUCAACCAGAUCGCGAUUGGCGACGCUUACGAGGACUCAUACUUAUACGCAGGCACGGCCAUCGGAUGCCAGGAUUGGGCGCACGCCUCGACAGGUCUGGCCGACGUAGUCGAGAAACAGAAUUUGGGUGCCGUAUUCAGCCCACUGACUCUCGGCGCGUGCCAGAGUUAUAAGUUGCAGACUUCAUGUAUCGGGUGGCCAGCCCCGUUAAGCAAUCUGCCGGCGCCCAUUGUUUACGAUGGAGAUGUUAAGCUUUUAAUGGUGAACUCGUUAUAUGACCCCUCGACAUCGUACACGUGGGCCCUCGGUCUACAGAAGGAGAUUGAGAACGCUGUCCUCUUGACGCGCAAUGGCAGCGGUCACACGAGCUAUCUCCUGGGCGGAGAGACCACAAAUAUUACAAACCAGUAUUUGCUUCAUUUAGAGCUCCCUAAACCUGGCACGGUCACGAGCUCGUAGAUUUCUUAAGGUAGCAAUCUUA